UUUGACAGCUAUAAACGAGCGCUUACAGCUUCCAUGAAAAGGGCAAGUUUAGGUCACCUGUUAGGCAUUUAGAGCAAGUGAGGCCACCGAGUUUUAGACUUGGGCUGGGACGACAAGACGCAGGAACAGCCACACGAUUCCGUGACACUUGAAGGAGGGGCAUCCAAAGAGAGCUCCCUAUCUCUCGAAGCAUCGUAGUCAGGUUCUGUCAUUUCUUGCCAUCCUUUCCUAGUAGCGUCUCUCCAACAAUUUGCGUCCUAGCUUUUCUCCAACAAUUUACUUCGAAGAACAAUGGCGACUUUGCCGUCGCAGCGCGGCGGCAAGUGGGGGUCGUCUCACAGAAUAGGCUCCGACGCGGACAUGGGGAGCCUAGACCAGCUGCUAGAAUCCCUGAAAAAAGAGCCAAUUUCCCGCCGAUAUUCCGCGUUCGGCUUUUCGACUACCGCUACGGUGUUCCGAGCCUCGUGGCUUUUAAUCUCCGUCUUUCUCCUCGCGAUCGCCGGCGUGUCGCUAUUUAUCACGCUCCAGCCGAAAGGGUUCACGGUCUGGCACUUGACGAUUAAAUCGCCAUCGUCGUCUGAAGGGAGGGUUCUUCGGAUCCACGUGUCAAGCUCCGGAGGCGAUCGAUUCGAGCUUGAAGAAUCCACUCCCGAGAUGAAAUCCGGACCGUUGGAUUCUCCUCGGAAUCCCAAAAGGCGUGUAGAUCUCGAUCAGGCUGCUGACAGUACGAAGGAAGGACGUUCAGGCAAGGUGGAUAGAAGUGACAGUAGCGAGCGACGGGUGGAGGACGAGACGAAUGUGAUUCAAACGGUGGUGGAAUCGAGGGAGGGGUUGGGCCGUAGAGGGGGUCAUGAGGUCAGAAUGACCGCAUCCGACGUUUCCGCUGACGUGGAAGCAGCUACCCCUAACGAAUUAGUCACAUCCUCUUCACAAGUAGCUUCGACAGGGUCACAUCGAAGCGAGAACGACUCCAAAGACUCGACGUCUGCUACUUCCGAUGAUAGCGGAAAGAUCGGGCGGGGGGAAGCGACGAGCAUCAUCAGUUCAGAUAGCAGUCCUACUAGUGGUGGUGGUGGAGACACGUCAGCAGGCGUGGAGACAGGGACGCUAGAUGCGGAGAGGGAAAUCUCAGCCGUCACUGCCACGGUGGCGGGCAAAGCAGCUUCGGUUGACGUGGCACCAGCAGGCGAUGGGGUGAAGGACGUGCGAGGAGGAGAGGAGACAGCGAGCGGUGCUGAGGCAGCGAGCGGGGCUGCUACUAACGAGGAUAAGGGCAUCCACGUGUUUGUAUCGACGGACGAGACGGAUCUCCGUCCGAUUGCCGUGGUGAUCAACUCGACGCUCGUGAACGCGCGCGAGCCGUGGCGCGUGGACUUUCACCUGGUGGUUCCCGAGAAGAACGUCGCCGCCAUGAAGAAGAAGCUGCUGCCACUCUUCCCCUCCACGCCGAUCCACAUCGUCAGCAUCAGCCCCUCUCUCGCCAGCGGUGCUUCCGCGGCUGCUGCUGCUGCCCCUCCUGCUGCUGCUGCUAAUGGUGGUACUGCUGCCGGUGCUGCCGGUGCUUCUGGAAUGGAGAUGGGGUGGGGGGAGAGGCUUGGCGCGCUUAUCACAUACAAGGAGGGCAGCGGGGCGCGCAAGGAGUUGGUGUCGGUCUUCAACUUCCUGCCGUUCUACCUCCCCCAGAUGGCGCCGCAGUUCGGAAGGAUUGUGUACUUGGACGCGGAUAUUGUCGUGGUGGGCGACAUAGGCGAGCUUGCUGAUGUGGACAUGGAGGGGCGGCCAGUGGCGGCAGUGGAGGACUGCAUGCAGACUUUCAAGACCUACUUCGACUUCGACCAGCUUGCUGAAAUUCAGGCUCGCAACGACCCCUCCAAGCCAUGGAUGCCCUCUGAGCCGUUCGACAAGACCACCUGUGUCUUCAAUCGCGGCGUGUUACUCAUGGACGUGCAGCGCUGGUUACAAAGUAACAUCUCUGGCGCGAUAGAGUGGUGGAUGGGGGAAUUCAGCCGCGCACCCAAUCCCCUUUAUAAAUUCGGCAUGUCGCAGCCGCCAUUCCUGUUAACGAUUUACGACCGUUAUAAGAAGCUGGACCGUAUCUGGAACACCCGAGGCUUGGGAAGGGACAGGUUUGGCGAGAAGGAACGGGAUUACCUAGCCACAAUCGGGCUCGGGCGGCCACCGAAGCGGCCGUUUGUGAGCUUCUGGGCGGAUGCAGCCAAGAUCUUGCAUUUUAACGGGAAGUUUAAGCCGUGGAGAGGGAAGAGGGAGAGGAGGGAGGGGGAGGAGGUGAAGUCGGUGUGUGGGGAGAGGAGGACGGAUUGUGCCAAGCUAUGGUGGAAGUACCUUUCGCUGGGGGGCGAAGCUGAGCUGCGGCGAAAAGGGAAGGGGAAGAAACCUAGUGUAGCAUCUAGUUAGGUGGUGAAGGGGAAGAAAGUAACUGUCGCACAGGCCCCCAGAUUGGUUCUGGAACACACUGAUUGAUCAGGCUCUACCCAAAAAAAAAAAACCUUUCCGUCAGGGUCGGUACGAGGGCCCUAGAUUGGUUUUGAGGCUUCCUGAUCCAUCAGGAUUUUCCCUGCAGAGAAGUCUGAAUUUUCAGGGUCCCCUAAAAAAAAUCAUGAGCCAUC